AUGGCCAGAUUACUUAGACAGUGGUGCUUCACAAGAAAGUUUGAAGUUAUCGAUUUGGACAAUUGCUACAUCUUAGUCAAUUUCCACGAAACUAAAAACUACUUCCACGUCAUACAUGAUGGUCCGUGGAUAGUGGUAGAACACUAUGUGACUGUCCAGCGAUGGAGACCAAUGUUUGAUCCUCAUGAUGAUCAAUUCAAAAAACUUGUUGUAUGGAUUAGAAUCCCAGAUCUUCCAAUGGAGCUCUAUACUUCUCAGCAUCUGUGGAGGAUUGGGAACAUAUUUGGGAGAACUUUGAAAAUUGAUAGUAACUCCUUAAGGAAAUCAGACGGGGGAGAAGGUGAAUACACAGAAAAAGCCAAAUAUGCCAGAAUUUGUGUAGAAAUCGAUUUAAGGAAAAUCAUCAUCUCAAAAUUUCAAGUGUUUGAAAGGACGUUCUCUGUUGCAUAUGAAGGUCUACACCUUAUUUGCUUCAGGUGUGGGAGGUAUGGGCACCGAAUGGAAGCUUGUGACGGAGGGGUGGAUGCUAAGGAAGUCCAGGCAAUGAAGAUGCAGGAAAUAGUCAAUCCAGCUGAGAAGAAUGAGAGAGAUGACUGCAGAAAAGAACCAGAGGAAGCCUUUGGGCUUGGAUGGUGGUUAAGAGGAAGGUUAGAGGCAGAAGGACUUUAG